GUUGGUUUCUUUCAGUCUGAACACAGAAGAAACGCUCACCGGCCACCAUGGAUGACGACUUUGACCAGCGCAUGGAAUUGAGGAGGCAGAGGCGUGAGCAGAUGCGUCUAGAGGCAGAGAAGUGAGGAACCUGUCUGUCUAAUACACACACACACACACACACACACACACACACACACACACACACACACACACACCUCCUGCUUAGUUCAGUGAGGCCAUGGUCAUUCUGUACAUUCUUCAGAUGUGUGUGUGAUAAUAUUCAGGUAGGAUGGAUGUAUGCAUACUUGUUACUAUGCCAUAAGGUAAAUCAAUCAUUAUUCAAUCAAUCAUCCUUUUUUACAUCAGCUGUUGUCACAAAGUGCUUUACAGUAACCCAACCUAGAACCCCACAAAGCAAGCUGAAGCAGAAUAGAUGUGUUCCAGUGGAUAUAACAUGGAUGAUCUGAUAUGGAUUUUCAGUACUGGUACCCCGUGUAUAUAGCCAAGUUAUCUUUACUCAUUGUGUAUUUAUUCCUCCUGUUAUUAUCUUUCUAUUAUUUUUCUAUUUUUCUAUUUUUAUUGUUGGCAAAGGCCCAUAAGUAAGCAUUUCACUGUUAGUCUACACCUGUUGUUUUACGAAGCAUGUGACAAAUGAAAUGAUCUAAUAUGGUGGAUGAGUGGAUGAGCUUUAAGCCCAACUGUGUGCUCUCCUCCAGUUAAGCCCAUUGCCUCCUCUGAACCCAGUAAGAGUUCUCUGAUCUCUAUGCCAAACUCAUCCUUCUCACUGGGCAUUUUACUGGUAAACCUCAGUCAGGAUUUAUUGUAUCUAUUGUCAUGCAGGUACACUUGUAUGCACACAGAGGAUAACGUGAGAACUCAUUCCAGACAGCUUUGGGCCCGUCUCCCAUCCCCUGAAUCACAGGCUGGUUAGUUUCAGUGGUGUCCAAUUCUAAUCGAAACCUGACUGUUUGACUGACUGAUUUACUGCAAACAAACAAACUCUAUAGAUGUUCUAUUUUGGCAGUGGAUUUGUUUUUGGCUCCUAGAGGCUUCCAUUCUUCAGAUUGUAGGGUUUCCCGUCUCUCCUUGCUUGCUAUAGGGUACUGUUGUUUGUUUUGUAUGAGCAACCAUCACUCUACAUCAGCUUCUAAGUCAUUCUAACUUGAACAGAUGCAGGCUUGCCUAGAUGUCCAUUUUGUUGCCAUUGGCAGGCAAGCCAUCGAUUCUGCUUAUGAUUAAACCGUACAUAUUCCGUUACACUUUCCACUGUUUAGGAAAUCUGGUUUUACUGUGAAUAUUUACGUUUGCUAUAAUCUAACAUUCAGAAACAUAAGUGGUUUUGUCAUGCUCAUGAAUGCAGUAUUAUGGUUAUAGAGAAUACAUUAACAGCAUUAGAGGUUUGUUGGAAUGAGACUGGCGAGGCCUUGGUAUGCAGAGUGUUUACAUUAUGCAGAGUCAUGAGACACUUUCCCUUUCUCCUGUACCUCCCAUAGUCCAGCAGCCAUAUAUGGGCUUGUAGGCAGAUAAUGGCCAGUUGUGCUUGUACAAUUUGAGUGUGUGUACUGUGUGUGUGUGCAUGUUUGUGUGUUGAUGUGUUUGUACACUCUUAGAAUAAAAGGUGCUAUCUAGGAUCUAAAAGGGUUCUUCGGCUGUCCCCAUACGAGAACCCUUUGAAGAACCCCUUUUGGUUCCAGGUAGAACCCAUUUCAGUUCCAUGUAGAACCCUUUACACAGAGGGUUCAACAUGGAACCCAAAAUAGUUCUACCUGGAACAAAAGGGUUCUAACUGGAACCAAAAAGGGUUCUCCUAUGGAGACAGCCAAUGAACCCUUUCUGGAAUCCUUUUUUUCUAAGAGUACAUCCAAACAUGUGUGUGAGUGUAUGUGUGAAAGCACAGUAUAUGUACUGUAAGUGUGUCUGUCUUUGUCUGAUCUAUGUGUUGGCCCAGCAGGCCCUGUGCAGUAGACAGACACAGAUAGAAGACUUGGAUGAUGUAGCAGCAGGCUGAAGUGAUGACUGCUUGAUGAGCUCUAUUGCUUUGCUCAUUCGUUAGUGAACGGAUUGGCUGGGCUGUUUGGAGAGCUCGGGCCUCCGUCUGUGUGUGUGCGUCUGCAGUCUAGCUCUGCUCCCUGUCAGAGCUCACUCCUGUGGGUCUGGGAUGUAGCUGCUCAGCUCCUCUCCUGCUGACUGGACAGGACAAUACUGACAGUGACCAGAUGAUACCCAGCUCACCUCAAUACUUUUCUUAUAUUGAAGCUGAUUGUAAUGUCCUAGGUACAACAGUGCAUAUUGGCGUAGUCUGCUGGAUUGUUAGCUUCUUUCCUGUAUUGUCGUGCACAGGUCAUCAAACUGAUUGGUUAACUUAAGGCUCUAAAGUCAGAUAUUAGGCUUCCCUGGCAAAUGCUACUAUGUUUGUUGUUCAGUUAGUUCAAGAUGAUGACCGCAUGUAGGGUAGAUUCUUUGGCCCAAAUGCAUUUUUAAUACUACAAAAUGCACAAUCUCUUUAGCUCUGUUGCCUCUGUUACCAGGGGAACGAAGUUCAACAGACAGAAAGGGGAUGGUGGAAAAAUCUGCCACUCAAGCCAAAGUAUGCUGUAGAAAAAGGGGGAUGAGUUAGAGAUCUAGGGGAUAAGUUUACUGUUAGCAGACAUUGCCCAGGUGUGUGUGUGUGUGUGUGUGUGUGUGUGUGUGUGUGUGUGUGUGUGUGUGUGUGUGUGUGUGUGUGUGUGUGUGUGUGUGUGUGUGUGUGUGUGUGUGUGUGUGUGUGGAAUUGAAGGGCGAGUACAAUCGUUCCCAGACAAAGUCACGAAUUACUGCAAUGCAUCAUCUAAACUGCCAAUGUGACCACGCCUAAAUGUCAGUUUGGGUCUAGAGGCUUUCGUCCAGCGAAGAGGAAUGGUAAUAUUGCUCAGCAGGAAGCACCGCCAGUGUGUGUGUGUGUGUGUGAGAGAGAGAGAAGGAGAGAGAGAGAAAGGGAGAGAGAGAGAGAGAAUAGAAAGGGUGCAGAGAAAGAGAGCGAUUCAGUAGUUUAGCUGUGAGUUUGGCCAUUAUAAUGCAGAAGUGUUCUGCAAUCGCAGAGUGUGAAAACGUCAGCAGUGCUGCACGUGUGCUGGACUGAUCAAACUGAAAAGUUAAUUGGAAUUUAUGUCUUCAAACUUGGUUUAAAACAUGUCCAGAACAGAGCAAGUAUUCCCAAUUGGAGUAUCAAUCUAAAAGUGUCACAUCUCCAUCACCAGUCAAAUAGAAUAGGCUGUUUUCCUAUUUUGUCAAUGACAGCAUCUGUAUUGUUGGAUACAGGAGGGCACUCUCUGUCUUAUGAAGGAGAUAGCGAUCAGUGCAUUGUUUGUUUGCGCAUUUGCCUAUUACAUGUACUGUAUGUACAGUAUUAUCAGAAGUCCCAUCAGCCCCUGCUCUGGCUGUGGUCUGAAGGGCGGGCCUGCAGUUUUCUCACAGUCCGGCUCCUGCCCUGCAUUUCCUGUGCAGCCUUACACACACAGAGCCUCGCUGCAGCACGGCCUGGACCCGAGGAAACGUUGUAGACGCUGGAAUGUUUUGACUGCUGUUUUUAUUUCAGAGCUGACAACUUGAGUCUCUUUCUCUCUCUCUCUCCCCCCCCCCAAUUGUUAUAAUCUGUAACAUAUCAACAUGAGUAUGUACAGUAUGAUGGUAUUCUUGAAGAUAAAUACUCAUGGUUCUCUCAUCUCUGAGUGACCUUUGUCAUUCAGAAAACCUGCGCACUUCCUCUCCUCCACAACAUCUGUAAAUCAUUGAGUGUGUGUGUAUACACACUACAUGCCCAAAAGUAUGUGGACACCUGCUCGUCGAACAUCUCAUUCCAAAAUCAUGGGCAUUAAUAUGGAGUUGGUCCCCCCUUUGCUGCUAUAACAGCCUCCACUCUUCUGGGAAGGCUUUCCACUAGAUGUUGGAACGUUGCUGCGGGGACUUGCUUCCAUUCAGCCACAAGAGCAUUAGUGAGGUCGGGCACUGAUGUUGGGCAAUUAGGCCUGGCUCACGGUCGGCGUUCCAAUUCAUCCCAAAGGUGUUCGAUGGGGUUGAGGUCAGGGCUCUGUGCAGACCAGUCAAGUUCUUCCACACUGAUCUCGACAAACCAUUUCUGUAUGGACCUAACUUUGUGCACGGGGGCAUUGUCAUGCUGAAACAGGAAAGGGCCUUCCCCAAGCUGUUGCCACAAAGUUGGAAGCACAGAAUCGUCUAGAAUGUCAUUGUAUGGUGUAGAGUUAAGAUUUCCCUUCACUGGAACGAAGGGGCCUAGCCCGAACCAUGAAAAACAGCCCCAGACCAUUAUUGCUCCUCCACCCAAAUGUACAGUUGGCAUUAUGCAUUGGGGCAGGUAGUGUUUUCCUGGCAUCCGCCAAACCCAGAUGCGUCUGUCGGACUGCCAGAUGGUGAAGCGUGAUUCAUCACUCCUGAGAAUGCGUUUCCACUGCUCCAGAGUCCAAUACACCACUCCAGCCGACGCUUGGCAUUGCACAUGGUGAUCUUAAGCUUGUGUACGGCUGCUCGGCCAUGGAAACCCAUUUCAUGAAGCUCCCGACGAACAGUUCUUGUGCUGAAGUUGCUUCCAGAGUCAGUUUGGAACUCGGUAGUGAGGAUUUUUACGAGCUACGUGCUUCAGCACUCGGCGAUCCUGUUCUGUGAGCUUUUGUGGCCUACCACUUCGCGGCUGAGCCGUUGUUGCUCCUAGACAUUUCCACUUCACAAUAAGAACACUUACAGUUGACCGGGGCAGCUCUAGCAGGGCAGAAAUUUGACGAAUUGACUUGUUGGAAAGGUGGCAUCCUAUGACGGUGCCACGUUGAAAGUCACUGAGCUCUUCAGUAAGGCCAUUCUACUGCCAAUGUUUGUCUAUGGCGAUUGCAUGGCUGUGUGCUCGAUUUUAUACACCUGUUAGCAACGGGUGUGGCUGAAAUAGCCGAAUCCACUAAUUUGAAGGGGUGUCCACAUACUUUUGGUGAAGUAGUGUAUAUAUACACUGAGUGUACAAAACAUGCUCUUUCCAUGACAUAGACUGACCAGGUAAAUCCAGGUGAAAGCUGUUAAAUCCACUUCAAUCAGUGUAGAUGAAGGGGAGGAGACAGGUUAAAGAAAGAUUUUUAAGUUUUGAGAAAACUGAGACAAGGAUUGUGUAUGUGUGUCAUUAAAAGGGGAAUGGGCAAGACAAAAGAUUUUCGUGCCUUUGAAAGGGGUAUGGUAGUAGGUGCCACCUCAAUAUUAGGAAGGUGUUCCUAAUGUUUUGUCCACUCAGUGUAAAUACAGUGCAUUCGGAAAGUAUUCAGACCCCUUGAAUUUUGUUAUGUUACAGCCUUAUUCUAAAAUCAAUCUACACACAAUACCCCAUAAUGACAAAGCGAAAGCAGGUUUGUAGAAUUUUUUUGCAAAUGUAUUAAAAAUAAAAAAACAGAAAUACCUUAUUUACAUAAGUAUUCAGACCCUUUGCUAUGAGACUCGAAAUUGAGCUCAGGGGCAUCUGUUUCCAUUGAUCAUCCACUUGUGGUAAAUUCAAUUGAUUGGACAUUAUUUGGAAAGGCACACACCUGUCUAUAUAAAGUCCCACAGUUGACAGUGCAUGUCAGAGCAAAAACCAAGCCAUGAGGUCGAAGGAAUUGUCCAUAGAGCUCCGAGACAGGAUUGUGUCGAGGCACAGAUAUGGGGAAGGGUACCAAAACAUUUUUGCAGCAUUGAAGGUCCCCAAGAACACACUGGCCUCCAUCAUUCUUCAAUGGAAGAAGCUUGGAACCACCAAGACUCUUCCUAGAGCUGGCCGCCCAGCCAAACUGAGCAAUCGGUGGAGAUGGGCCUUGGUCAGGGAGGUGACCAAGAACCCGAUGUUCACUCUGACAGAGCUCCAGAGUUAUUCUGUGGAGAUGGAAGAACCUUCCAGAAGGACAACCAUCUCUGCAGAACUCCACCAAUCAGGCCUUUAUGGUAGAGUGGCCAGACGGAAGCCACUGAGUAAAGGGUCUGAAUACUUAUGUAAAUGUGAUAUUUCUGUUUAAAAAAAACUCUGAAAUUCUAAAAUGUUCUAUAAACCUGUUUUUACUUUGUCAUUAUGGGGUAUUGUGUGUAGAUUGAUGAGGGAAAAAAACUAGCUACAGCAUUCAAAGUAGUAGUAGUUUUAAGGGUGAUAUGAAAAAAGAACUGUUGUGCACAUUAAUGUUAUAAAUGUAUCAUUCAAUUUAUCGUUGUCGUGAUAAUUCAGUCAAUUUAUGGUGAUAUGGAUUUAGGUUUCUCUUUGUUUCCAGUUGAUGAGCAUUGUACUCCCUCUAUUUUUGCUCUCUGUCUCUUUCAUCUCAGUGACGUUUUGAUUCACAACACAUAUACACCUGUGUGUGUUAUCAGUCUGACCUUCCUCCACCAUGACAGCAUGUAUCCAUCCAUCCGCCGGAUCUGUAAUUGGUCUGGAGGUCAGAUCACUGGGAGACAAUAUGUGGUGUGUGUGUGGGAGGAAAUAGGAUCAGGGCCCUGGAUGGUGGAUCAGUACAGGGUCAAGUGUUUGACUGACAAGAAUGAUAAUGAAUCUUUUCAUAGUUUGUGAGACCGUCUGCACUAUUGUGCAGUUUAAGGUCUAUGGCUGGAUCAUCUCUCUCAAAGUAGUAGGAGACUGUUGGUUAGAUGGAUGAGCAGUCUGAACUUUAGGGUUUUAGUGUUAGUCUGAACCUGUGUGUAACUCUAUUUAGCAUGUUCUUUAUGAAUGCUUGCAUAGGGUCUGUAGUGUAAACCCAUCUGCAAAUGAAUCAGUUUUAGACAGCUCUUUUAAAAGUUGUGGCUGUAUAUAAGGUGUCUUAAAGACUUUAUGUACUCUAUAUGAUCACACUUUCAGACGUAAGGAUUAGGCCAUGACUACAUGGCAGAUUUAGUGUCGUAUAAAGAACGGAGAUGGAAUUAUAUAGGGAACACACAUACAGUGGUGGAAAAGGUACCCAAUUGUCAUACAUGAAAGUAAAGAUACCUUAAUAGAAAAUGACUCAAGUAAAAGUGAAAGUCACCCAGUAAAAUACUACUUGAGUAAAAGUCUAAAAAUAUUUGGUUUUAAAUAUACUUAAGUAUCAAAAGUAAAUGUAAUUGCUAAAAUAUACUUAAGUAUCAAAAGUAAAAGUAUAAAUCACUUCACAUUCCUUAUAUUAAGCAAACCAGACGGCACCAGGGGCAUGCUCCAACACUCAGACAUCAUUUACAAGCGAAGCAUUUGUGUUUAGUGAGUCUGUCAGAUCAGAGGCAGUAGGGAUGACCAGGGAUGUUGUCUUGAGAAGUGCGUGAAUUGGACCAUUUUCCUGUCCUGCUAAGCAUUCGAAAUGUAACGAGUACAUUUGGCUGUCAGGGAAAAUGUAUGGAGUAAAAGUCAAAGUUGUCAAAAAUAUAAAUAGUAAAGUACAGAUACCGAAUAAAACUACUUAAGUAGUACUUUAAAGUAUUUUUACUUAAGUACUUUACACCACUGCACACAUUAUUAUAGACAUACUACAUACAUGCUGUACAGAAAUGCCUUUAAAGGAAGUUCUCAGUCCUAUAGGCUCUUCUCAGUCCAACAUACAAUAAACGUCCUUCUGUAAAACGCUUGAUGAAACAAAAACUAGAUUUCUUACCAUUGUUAUGUAAACCACUGUAGGUGAAAAUAAUUGUAGUGAUGGUUUGGUACGUAUGGGAAUCAUAAUGAUAUGCAAUAGGCAUUGGGAUAAUAUCUGUAAUUUGUAUGGCAGUAAUAAUUGUACGCAAAAGGCCAACAUCUCUCAUUCAUUUAUGUGUAUGUCUUGGCUUGUUUCAGGGGCUUCAGCACAACUGAUGAUGAUGAGGAGGUGGCUCGCGAGCGGAGGAGAAAGGCUCGUGAGGAACGAUUGAAAAAGGCAGAGAUGGAGGAGUCUAGCAGCAGCACCAUGACAACAGAGGUCAACAACACUCACAGGUACAGAACACAGGACACCCAGACCAUGAACAAAAUCCUCUAAAAAAAAAAUGUAUUCUACGAAUGUAGGUAGAACCACCCCAUUCACUCUAUUUCAAAAGGUUUUCUCCCUAAUGAAGAAGACCUUGAUCUAUAGAAAGAUCCCAUCUGGUAACAAUCAUAUAAGUUCCAGUGUUAAACCAUAGAUCAGGGUUCUUCAAUUCCGGUCCUGGAGGGCCGAAACACCUCUGUUUUUCAUCCUCUCCUUCUAAUCAGGGGCUAAUUCAGACCUGGGACACCAGGUGAGUGCAAUUAACUACCAGGUAGAAAUAAAAAACAGAAGUGUUUCGGCCCUCCAGGACCGGAAUUGAAGAACCCUGCCAUAGAUUGUCCAUAACUAAUUCAUUCUGUUUUCCCUUCACUCCACAGUGUGACAGAGACAGAGUCCUCCUCCACCGGUGCAGAGGUGAGCUCCUCAUCAGGUGGUGGGGAUGACGUGGCACUCCUGGACCGCCUGGCCAAGCGGGAGGAACGCAGACAGAAGAGGUUGAAAGAGGCACUGGAUAGACAGAAGGAGUUCGACCCUACCAUCACCGACGGCAAUGAGAACAGCCAGGAGGAGACCUCCUCUAGCAGGCGCCACCAAGGCACAGAGGAGGAGAAGGAGGAGAAACCAGUCCAGGAGGAAGUAACCACUAACUCCUGGAGUAGAGAGGAGGAGAAGGAGGUGAAAGAAGAGGAGGCGACGCCAAAGGAGGAAGAGCCUGAACCCGUCACAGAGCCUGAGAAAGCUGAGGAGGUGGAGGAAGAGAAGAAAGAGGUAGAGUAUGACUUCCUAGUUCCUUCCUACUUCCUACAUUAAAGGGCAUAACUGUUGGAUGGGAGGUAUUGUAUUUACAGGAAGUUAUAUUGACACAAAAUGUACUUUAUCUCAUAGGAAGAGGUUGAAGAAACGCAAAUAGUACCAGACACAUUUAUUGAAUUUGUUGUACCCGCUGCACCACUACAAGAGUGCGGGUUUGAAAUAUCCAUAAUGCCCAAGAUGGUAGUAGAGGAGAAAGCUGUUGAAGAGAUAUCUAAGAAAGAAGAGGAAGAAAAACAGAAAAAGGAGAUGGAAGAAAAAGAGGCUGCAGCAAAACUCAAGAAAGAGGCUGAGGAAAAGGCUGAAAAAGAAAGGAAAGAAGCUGAAGAGAAAGCUGCACAACUCAAGAAAGAAGAAGAAGAAAAAGCUGCACAACUCAAGAAAGAAGAAGAAGAAAAAGCUGCAAAAUUGAAGAAAGAAGAAGAAAAGGCUGCAACACUCAAGAAAGAAGCUGAAGAAAAAGAAAAGGCUGUAGAACUGAAGAAAGAGGCUGAAGAAAAAGCUGCAAAACUCAAGAAAGAGGCUGAAGAAAAAGAAAAAGCUGCAAAACUCAAGAACGAAGAAGAAAAAGCUGCAAAACUCAAGAAAGAAGAAGAAGAAAAAGCUGCAAAACUCAAGAAAGAAGAAGAAGAAAAAGCUGCAAAACUCAAGAAAGAAGCUGAAGAAAAAGCUAAAAAAUCUAAGCAAGCAGAGGAAAAAAAGAAAGCGGAGGUAUCAGUGUGACUUUUAGGAUGAUUGCCUCCAUUCAAAUCCUGGAUAACUCAAAUGUUCCUCAUUAGUUUCUUACAGGACAUGUAUCUACUGUAUCAUAAUACAGUAUGCUCAAUAAUACAUUUCUAAUCAAGAUAUUUUUAAUUACACAUGUAGAGGAUAUAUUUGGGUUAUCCAAGUUUUGCUGCGUUUUACGUCUUCACUGUUUGGGCAGAUGAUUGCAUCUUCCAUAUCCACAUUCUCCCAUGCUUUAAGGUGUGGUCACAGAUCACAGAGUGGUCACGAUGUGUUGCUUUGCAUCAUUGAUCACUUGGGCAGUUGUGUCCUAGUCUGGUCCCAGAUCUGUGUGUUCUGUCCUGCCAAUUCCUAUGGUCAUUGUCAUGCCAAACUGAGCCAUAGAAGUUGGCACAAACAGAUCAGGAACCAGGCUAGUUAUGUCACAGUGUUGUCACAGUGUGUGUGUGUGUGUGUGUGUGUGUGUGUGUGUGUGUGUGUGUGUGUGGUCAGCAUCAACGUACCUCUGCAUUGCUCUCACCUUGCAGGCUGGAGUGGAACAGCAUUGUAUGGCAAUGGCAUCCAAUUUGCCUGGCUUCUACAGUUUGCAUAUGUAGAUAUAUUCCACAGUUAUCUGACUUCUCUUGUUAUAUUUCCCUUUGUUCCUGCCCACCAAGGAGGAAAAGUCAAAAAAGCGGGUAAGAUCAAGAUUAAAUGUAGAGUCAUUUUGACCAUCACAUAUAUAUCACACUUUCUAUCAAAAUCAUAGAUUGUAAAAAUAUCCAUAUAAUGUUGGACACAAUUUUGUUUAUAUUUUAUAACUUUGUUUUUGUUUCAUCAUUGUUGGACGUUGAUGCAGGAGGCUGAGAAGGUGGAGAAACCGAAGUUAAGAUCAGUGAAGAAAGACGAGGUGAGUCAUGUUCUAUCCAUCCGACAAACAGUUUCCUUGUUAUACCUGUUUGUUGCAUUCAUCAAUUGUUCUAUCUAUCUCUGCUUUUUAUUGGUGUAUAACUCAUCCAUUUGUUGCUCAUCCACUGGUCCAUCACUCACCAAUUGGUUUCCAUUGGUGAAUCCAUAGAGAUAGAUUAAGAAUGUUGGAUGGGGUAAUCUCAUUCCAAUUCUAUGGGUCUAUCACUCAUCCAUUGGUCUAUCUAUCUGUGCUCUCUAUUGAACCGAAGGAGUCCACCCCCUCCAAGCAGCAGAACGGAGGUGUGGCGCGCUCCACCGAGGCCGAGGACCAGGAGCGUCUGGAGGCUGAGCGUAAGCUGGAGGAGCUGAAGCGGCGUCGUGACGAGGCGGACAGCGAGGAGUUGGAGAAGAUGAAGCAGAAACAGCAGGAGUCUGAGGCCGAGCUGGAGGAGCUGAAGAAGAAGAGGGAGGGGAGGAAGAAGAUCAUUGAGGAGGAGGAGAAGCAGAGGAAGACAGAGCUGGCAGAGAAGAAGGCCAAGGAGCAGGUGGGUGGGGACUGGGGACGUACAGACAGACAAACAGACGGGUGGGUGGGGACUAAGGAUGGACACAGACAGGUGGGAACUGGGGACGGACAAACAGACAGACGUGGAAUGGCGCUGCAGUGGAUAGCCGCCGUUUUACGGGCUCCUGACCAAUUCUGCUAUUUUGUGUGUUUUUUUUUAAUGCUGAUCUUAACUUCUUUUGUACAUAAUGUCUCCGAAAACAGCUUCUGGAGAUCAAAACAGCUAUCACUAACCUCGAUUUGGAUGACAAUUUCUACUUCAACUAGUCUGCAGCUCUGGACGUUCUGUUUACUGGAUCAGGCCCUAUUCCCCGGGACUCGAAAGAGGAAGCGACGGAGCAAAAGAGGCAGAUGAGCCGGCAUCCUGACGAGACUACGUUGCCGACCAAAUAAACUGCCUCUACCCUCCAUUCUGUUUGGGAACGUACAGUCACUAGAGAACAAACUGGACAAGCUCCAUUUGAGACUAUCCUAUCAACGGGACCUGGAGAACUGUAAUAUUCUAUGAUUCUCGGAGACGUGGCUGAACAAGGACAUGGAUAAUAUACAUCUCGCUGGCUUUUCCAUGCAUCGUCAAGACCGGUCAGCAGCCUCGAGUAAGAUGGGGGGAGGUCUCUUUGUUAACAACAGCUGGUGUGCAAUCAGACCAUACUGUUUACUAAGAGAGUUUUCAUCUAUAUUUUUCGUAGCUGUCUAUUUACCACCACAAACCGAUGCUAGCACUAAGACCGCACUCAACGAGCUGUAUAGGGCCGUAAGCAAACAAGAAAAUGCUCACCCAGAGGCAGCGCUUCUUGUGGCCGGUGAUUUUAAUGCAGGGAAACUGAAAUCCCUUUUACCUCAUUUUUACCAGCAUGUCACCUGUGCAAGUAGAGUCGAAAAAAUUAUAGAUCACCUUUACUCCACACACAGAAAAGUAUUAGAGGUUCUCUCUCGCCCUCCCCUUUGCAAAUCUGGCUAUAACUCUCUCCUCCUGAUUCCUGCUUACAAGCAAAAACUCAAACAGGAAGUACUAGUGACGUGCUCAAUACGGAAGUGGUCCGAUGAAGCGAAUGCUAAGCUACAGGACUGUUUCGCUAGCACAGACUGGAAUAUGAUCUUGGAUUCAUCCGAUAACAUUAAGGAGUUUACCACAUCAGUCACCGUACGUACACAUCCCAACCAAAAGCCAUGGAUUACAGGCAACAUCUGCACUGAGCUAAAGGCUAGAGCUGCCACUUUCAAGGAGCGGGACACUAACCCGGACGCUUAUAAGAAAUCCUGCUACGACUACGAGGUGGUGAGGGUAGGUAACAACACAUCCGCCACGCUGACCCUCAACAUGGGGGCCCCUCAGGGGUGCGUGCUUAGUCCCCUCCUGUACUCCCUGUUCAUCCACGACUGCGUGGUCGUGCACGACUCCAACACCAUCAUUAAGUUAGCUGAGAACACAACGGUGGUAGGCCUGAUCACCUACGACCAUGAGACAGCCUAUAGGGAGGAGGUCAGUGACCUGGCAGUGUGGUGCCAGGACAACAACCUCUCCCUCAACGUCAGCAAGACAAAGGAGCUGAUUGUGGACUACAGGAAAAGGAGGGCUGAGCAAGCCCCCAUCCACAUCGACGGGGCUGUAGUGGAGGGCGUCGAGAGCUUCAAGUUCCUCAGUGUUCCACAUAACUAAGGAAUUAACAUUGUCAACACACACCAACACAUUCAAGAAGAAGGCACGACAACGACUCUUCCCACUCAGGAGGUUGAAAAGAUUUGGGAUGGGCCCUCAGAUCCUCAAAAAGGCAACUGCUUGGCAUAUGACCGCAAGUCGCUACAGAGGGUAGUGCGAACGGCAGAGUACAUCACUGGGGCAAGCGGUACCGAUGCACCAACAGGAACCAACAGGACCCUGAACAGCUUCUACCACCAAGCCAUAAGACUGCUAAAUAGUUAACCAAAUAGCUACCCGGACUAUCUGCAUUGACCCUUAUUGCACUUACUCUUUUGACUCAUCACAUACGCUGCUGCUAUUGUUUAUUAUCUAUCCUGUUGCCUAGUCACUUUAUCCCUACCUAUAUGUACAUAUCUACCUCAAUUACCUCGUACCCCUGCACAUCGACUCAGUACUGGUACCCUGUGUAUAAGUUAUAGUAAAUCAUUGUGUAUUUAUUCCUUGUGUUAUAAUUUUUUUAUAUUAUUUUUCUAUUUUUCUCUUUGCAUUGUUGGGAAGGUUCCAUAAGUAAGCAUUUCACUGUUAGUCUACACCUGUUGUUUACGAAGCAUGUGGCAAAAAAACAUUUGACAGACAGGUGGAGACUGGGGACAGACGGACAGACAGACAGGUGGGGGCUGGGGACGGACAGAGAGGGAUCCAGUUGAAACAGAAGCUAAAUGCUCUAUGAGCAGCUGAAUGAUCAAACAAAUGUGUUUUCACCCCAUUUCAGACCGUUCUCUUCCAUUUCGUGCCUAGUGAACAACCCUAACCCUAGCUUCAUGUCCACAUCCCGGUUGAACCCUAACCCUAAAGAUAACAAUGGUUAAAUGGGCCUUUGCUCUGGUUCUAACAGGAGGAGAGGAAGAGGUUGAAGGAAGAGAUAGAGCAAAGAAGAAAAGAGGCUGCAGAGAAGAAGAAACAGAUGAUAGAGGAAUCGGGCGACGGAGACAAGAAACCCUUCACACUGGGUGUCACGCCCAAGGGCAAGGUGAGGCCCUAUAGGCUACAACUACAGCUCACCCGGUGAUGAUAUCAUUACAGUAACUGAGAGAGAAAAACGAUCGUCUGUAGACAUUGUGUUCAUAUUGAUGUGCAAUGUGUUCCCACAAAGCAAUACAAUGCCUUGAGUAAAGAUCCAUUGAAUUAUUCUCAUACUAACAUGACAACUGUUAUGUGUUUCCAAGUUUGAUACAUACUGCUGUCUCUUUCAUUGUUAAGUCGGUUUCUAUUUCCGCUGAUUGAUAGACAGCUUUUCAUAAAAACAUAAAAUCUCUAUGACAAGUACAAAAUUAGUGAUGUUGCUGCUGGUAUCACAAAUGUGCUCAAAUAUGGGUGUUUAGAGGAGGUCUAGGACUGGGAGGAAUUUAUUGUGACAAGUAUUUUAGGAGCUUCCACAGCCAGCAGUAUGAGGAGUGUAUGCGUGUGUGUGUGAAUGCUUUUGUGUGUUUGUGUACAUGUGUGCCUGCCUGAGUGUAUGGCGUGCGUACGCGUGUGGGUGCAUGCAUGCGUGCGUGCGUUUGUGUGCACACUCGUUUUGGACUUGCCAUUUAUCAUAAACAGCAGUUCUGGGUUCCCAGCCCGUGGCUCAGGGGCUGACAGGACCCUGCUUAUACUGGCUCUGUGACAGACUGACUCCUCAACACAACACUGAGUCACCACCACUGGGUUCACUUUGUUCAGAUCACACAGAACUAACUGCCCAAGAAUGGUAAGAAUGUUAGUCAAAAGGGAGAAAGAUAAAUGGAGAGAGAGGGACAGAGGAGGAGAGAGAGAGAGAGAGAGAGAGAGAGAGAGAGAGAGAGAGAGAGAGAGAGAGAGAGAGAGAGAGAGAGAGAGAGAGAGAGAGAGAGAGAGAGAGAGAGCAGCAGACAUUUGCAUCAGCUGUGUGUUGCAUGUCAAUAAUGUGUUUACAAGUGUAAUCACGUUAGUCUAUUCUCUGUGUUUUUAGAUUGGGGAGAGGGCAGAAUUCUUGAACCAGAGAUCCCAGAAAGGGUGAGCAUUCCUUGCCUUUUACUUCUACCAUGGUAUUCAUGUAAACCUUCAGUCUAGAAUGUACUGCAUUGUACUCAUGGUAUGUGUGUUCUUGCUCCUACAGCUGUAAGACAUCACAUGCUCCUAUUGUCUCCAAGAUAGGCAACAGACUGGAACAAUACACUGCUGCAGUUCAGGUGAGGCACAGACACAUCCUAAACGCUACACACAUACUGUAUACAUAGUGUUCCAGGGCAUCUUAAGGCCUACUCAUCAUGUCAUAAGAUGACAGAAUGAGUAUGUGGACACAGCACUAAAAAUCCAAUGAAAGCUAGGAGGCAGAAAUUAGGUGAUUGUAAUCAUCAUUGUCAUCAUUGUAAAUGAGAAUUGGUUCUCAACUGACUUUUCUGGUUAAAUAAGGGUUAAAUAACUAAAUCAACAGAAUACAAACACAAUCACUUGCCUACCAGUUUCUCUUUUUUAUUUAUUUAAAAGUGGCAUUAUCUUGAUGUCUGACUGUAUGUCGCUCUGCUAAAUUACCAAAAUGUAAACAUUUAUGAAAUGUCUCCUUUCCCUGUUCACAGACCAACCGGGAUGUGAGGUCUCCCAAGUCUCCAGUCUCAGACCUGCCAGAGACACCAAGUAUCCGCAACAUCAAGAGCAUGUGGGAGAAAGGGAACGUUAAGGGGGCCACUGAGAGCCCCAAGCCUACGAAUAAGGUAAGGGAGAAGAGAGAGGGAUGGGGAGAAACGGAUGAAGGAGAGAGAGCGUGUGGGAGAGAGAGAGGGGAGGGAGGGGGAAGGAAAAUAAGUGCGGCAGGUAGCCUAGCGAUGAAGAGAGUUGGGCCAGCACCUGAAAGGUCGCUGGUUUGAGUCGCCGACUAGGUGAAAAAUAUGUUGAUGUAGCCUUGAGCACUUAACCCUAAUCGCUCCUGUAAGGCGCUCUGGAUGAGAGCGUCUGCUAAAUGACUAAAAUGUACAAAUGUAAGAGGAGAUUGGGAGACAGGAGGAGAGAGCGAGAGAGCGAUCGCUGACUGUAUGUCAUGCAUGACAGCCUACUUCUCCAUCUUCUUCCCAGGAUGCUGCUGAUAUUAAAGUGGGUGUGGCUGGACUGACUAAAGGCUGGGGCAAGAGCCCAGCAGACACUGGCAAGGCAGCUGCAGCCGCAGCUGAGAAGGCUGAAGUAAGGACAAACACACGAUUGAGCUCUUUAACUUGAAAAUAUGGCUAGCUGUACUCUAGUGACCCCAAAUGGUAGACAUGGUGAGUGCACGUCUAUACGACCAUCCAUUUGUCUUUCAACCUGCGGCCUACACUAGUGUAAACACACUGAAAUAGGAUUUGUAUACACAUCACGUCAGACGUGGAGACACACUUUUUACAAACAGUCUGGGAGCACUGCGAACGUGUUGCCUGCUGGUCAGCUUCAGAUUCAGAUUGAGUGUUUAAUAGUCACAUGUACAGGGUUGCAGGUGCGAUUGCAGGGUACAGUGAAAAAUCUUAGGCUCCGAGCUCCAACAUGCAGGACUAAGUGAAAUAUAAUAAUGAAAAAAAUAAUAAAAAUAGGAAUAAUAAUAUACAUAUUAACAACUGCAAAUGUGAAGAAUGUCAUUGGGGUGGGAGCAGAGUAAAAGUCAGUUGAGGGGGUGGGGGGAAAAUGUCCAUAGAGGGAACAGCAGGUAAGGUAAGUUCAUAGGGGGAGUAGCAGGGGGAGGGGUGAGCAGGUAGCUGACUAGUGGUGGCUAUUCAGCAGCCUGAUGAUCUGGGGGUAGAAGCUAUUGGCCAGUCUUCCAGUUUUCGCCAUAAUGCUCCUGUGCCACCCACGUCUGAGUGAUGGAAGCGGGGAGAACAGGCCAUGGCUCGGGUGGCUGAGGUCCCUGAUGAUCUUCUUGGCCUUCCUGCGACACCUGGUGUUGUAGGUGUCCUGGAGGACAGGCAGUGUGCACCCAAUGGUGCGUUUGGCAGCGCGUACCACCCUCUGAAGCGCCUUGCGGUCUGCGGAAUUGGAGUUGCCAUACCAGGCUGUGAUGCAGCCCGACAGUAUGCUCUUGAUGGUUCACCUUUAGAACACUGAGAGCCCUCGGGGACAGGCCAAUUUCUUCAGCAUCCUGUGGUCCUCUGUAGCUCAAUUGGUAGAGCAUGGCGCUUGUAACGCCAGGGUAGUGGGUUCGAUCCCCGGGACCACCCAUACGUAAAAAUGUAUGCACACAUGACUGUAAGUCGCUUUGGAUAAAAGCGUCUGCUAAAUGGCAUAUUAUAUUAUUAUUAUAGGUUGAAGAGUCACUCUCAGGCCUUCUUCACCACGGUGUCCGUGUGGUUUUACCAUUUCAGCUUCUCUGAGAUGUGUACGCCAAGGAAUUUGAAGUUAUUUACCGUCUCCACGGCGGCCCCGUUGAUGAGGAUGGGGGUAGUAAAAAAAAUAUGUAGUCAUUCAGUUCAGUUACCUUCCCUUUCUUGGACACUGGGAUGAUAGUGGGUAUCUUGAAGCAGGUGGGUAUAGCGGCCUGAGCUACAGAGAGAUUGAAAAUGUCAGAGAACACAACAGCCAGCUGGUCUGCACAUGCUCUGAGGGCAUGACUAGGGAUGCCGUCUGCCUUGCGAGGGUUAACACGUUUAAAUGACUUACAUACGUCCUCAUUGGAUACCAUGAGUAUGUAGCCCACGUUGUCAUCAGGGGCUCUCCUCGGCAGCUCAGUGUCAUUGUGCUCGAAUCAUGAGAAAAAUGUGUUUAGCUCGUCCGGUAGGGUGGCGUUGGUGACCGCGAUGUGGCUGGCUUUCUUUUUGUAAUCCGUGAUCGUUAGUACCCCCUGACACUGUCUGACCUGCUGAAUUCCUCCUCCAAUUUGUCCCUAUACUUGUGUUCUGCCAUCUUGAUCAAUCUGCGUAGGUCGUAUUUGUACUGUUUAACCAAAUUAUUGUCUCCAGUCACCUUGCCCUGUUUUAAGGCCAGAAAAAGACCAAACAAACAACAGAAGUAUGAUAGUUGUGUGCCAGGUGGCAGGACGCCAACAUACACUAAUUGACCAAAAGUAUGUGGACACCUGCUUGUCGAACAUUUCAUUCCAAAAUCAUGGGCAUUAAUAUGGAGUUGGUCUCCCCUUUUUGCUGCUAUAACAGCCUCCACUCUUCUAGGAAGGCUUUCCACUAGAUGUUGGAACAUUGCUGUGGGGAUUUGCUUCCAUUCAGCCACAAGAGCAUUAGUGAAGCCUGGCUCACAGUCGGCGUUCCAAUUCAUCCCAAAGGUAUUUGAUGGGGUUGAAGGCAGGGCUCUGUGCAGGACAGUCAAGUUCUUCCACACGGAUUUCGACAAACCAUUUCCGUAUGGACCUAGCUUUGUGCACGGGGGCAUUGUCAUGCUGAAACAGGAAAGGGCCUUCCCCAAACUGUUGCCACAAAGUUGGAAGCACAGAAUCGUCUAGAAUGUCAUAGUAUGCUGUAGCGUUAAGAUUUCCCUUCACUGGAACUAAGGGGCCUAGCCCGAACCAUUGAAAACAGCCCCAGACCACUAUUCCUCCUCCAACAAACUUUACAGUUGCCACUAUGCAUUGGGGAAGGUAGCGUUCUCCUGGCAUCCGCCAAACCCAGAAUUGUCCGUUGGACUGCCAGAUGAUGAAGUCAUCCAGAGGGGGAAGGAAUGCACUCCAGAGAAUGCUUUUCCACUGCUCUACAGUCCAAAGGUGGCGAGCUUUACACCACUCCAGCCGACGCUUGGCAUUGCACAUGGUGAUCUUAGGCUUGAGUGCGGCUGCCCGGCCAUGGAAACCCAUUUCAUGAAGCUCCCGACGAACAGUUAUUGUGCUGAAGUUGCUUCCAGAGUCAGUUUGGAACUCGGUAGUGAGGAUUUUUACGAGCUACGUGCUUCAGCACUCGGCGAUCCCGUUCUGUGAGCUUUUGUGGCUUAACACUUCGCGGCUGAGCCGUUGUUGCUCCUAGACAUUUCCACUUCACAAUAAGAACACUUACAGUUGACCGGGGCAGCUCUAGCAGGGCAGAAAUUUGACAAACUUACUUGUUGGAAGGGUGGCAUCCUAUGUCGGUGCCACGUUGAAAGUCACUGAGCUCUGCAAUAAGGCCAUUCUACAGCCAAUGUUUGUCUAUGGAGAUUGCAUGGCGGUGUGCUUGAUUUUAUACACCUGUCAGCAACGGGUGUGGCUGAAAUAGCCAAAUCCACUAAUUUGAAGAGGUGUCCACAUACUUUUGUAUAUGUAGUAUACCUCCCUAGUUCUGCCCUCUCCACACCAGCCACUCUCAAAGGCAAUAUUUCACCUUGCUUGGGCUGGAUAGUUAUUUUAAUUAACCCUAUCUUAUAGCUGAUAGAGUACGAUAAGAGUACAUUCAAGUAUGUGUACAGUACACCAUGGCAUAUGUGGUUUAUGGAAGUGUGUAAACAGUGUCUUGAGGGGACGUUUUAGAACUUUGUCACAUUGUGACUGUCUGUAUUUGAACAAUCAAAAAGGUCAAGUCUCAAAUGUUUUCAGUUGACGACCAGUUUCAUAACAAACUUUUGCUUUCUCAAAACAGUUGAUUUGUUUUCAUUUAUAAUUUAGAUCAAAACUAGAGAUUUAAACUAGAUCAUUUAUGUGUAUAACCAAUGUGUAGGAUACAGGUAUCCUGAAUUGGAUGUAUAUCUAAAAUAAAUGCCAUAUCCAGUGUGAUGGGUGAGUCCAUUUGAGACAGUCAGUGUGUCCUAUUCUUUAUAGCGUGCUAGCAGGCUAAUCUUACCGGUUCUAUUAGAGACAGACAGAACAGUAUGUGAGACGUACUGUUGAUUGGCAAGCCACUUUGUUCGAACCUGAAAUUUAUGAGGGGAUAUCUUUAGAACCAUUCCUUCUGGCCACAAGUACUUGUAAGAGCCAAGUCACUUUUACAGGAACGCUACAAGGUUUCCCUCUCAUGGAGAGAAGUUGUAUAGCACUCUUCUGUAUGUUAUAUGAAAUGUUUAGGUUAGAUUUGAAUUUAGCUUUUGAGGUAGGUUAUUUCUUUUGAGAAAAUGUCUAUCAAUUACUGUUGUUUAACAACUAAUUUUAUUUUCCUCUCUUCUACUUUACUAGCUCUGCAGUUUUCUUCCUCUUGGUCUUCCUCUGGAACUUUCCUUCCUUCUGUACUUUUCUGUUCUGUCUUCUGCUUGAUUUUAUCUGUGGGAAAGGUACUGUACGAUCCAAACAGUUUGUCAUGUUAGCAAUAUGCCAUCUGAUAUCUUUAAAAAGUACUCUCUUGAAUGUGCCAUUGAUGGAAACAUCUACAUUUUAGUUAAUCAAUAAAUGAUUAGUAAUUUAGUCAUGAUCAUUCACCAACAAUUGAUGCACUUCUUAGCAUCCACCGUAGUUCCAUCCAUGCUUUUGUUCAGAUUAAAGGCACUAUAGCCUCACUAUGGCUUCUUCCCCACAUCACGCUCUACUCUGUGUUCUCUUGCAGGACCUGAAACCUGUUGAUGUGGGCAACAAGCGCAGCCUAUGGGAAACAAAGGGCUCCUCCCCUGCCAAGGUGAGCUAGUAGAUCAGAUGAUGGCCCUGUCCCGAAACAACCCCUAGCCCCUACCCCCAGGCACAUGGAGAACUGAGAGGAUUUGGUGGGUGUAAACAGUAUGGUGAGCGCUCCACCUUGCCCUCUUAUUGUCUAGCUGGAUUUUUGACAUAUUGUGAACACCUGUCCAUUCUCUCAGAUCUCCACAAGUGUUGGGUUUAGGGUCUAGGAGUAAAUGUGGGGUUGGGCAACAGUACUGGAGUAUCUACAGUGUGUCAAAUAUGAAAUGCUUGGCUUUGGAACAGUGUCAGCACAUUUAAGGAACUUGACCAAAAAACUUUAACAGAACGUUUCCUAAAAGUUCAAACAUGGUUUCAUUUAAUUUCAAUUUUGGUAAUGUUCUAGGAAUGUUCCCCAACUGGUUUGAUAUUGAGAAUGUUCUCAAAUAGUUCCAAGAAUGUUAAGAAACAAUGUUCUUCUGUGGGAAUUUCAGUACUUUAGCAUAACGUUUCCUACAGGUUUCCUCAUGGUUCUAUUUAAAGUCAUGUUCUCAGAUUGUACGAAGAACAUGAAGAAAACUUUCCAUAAAAACCACAAGAGAACUUUCUAAGAAUGUUAUUUAAAAACAUACAUUACCAGUCAAAAGUUUGGACACACCUACUCAUUCAAGGGUUUUUCUUUAUUUUUUUUACUAUUUUCUACAUUGUAGAAUAAUAGUGAAUACAUAAACUAUGAAAUAACACAUAUGGAAUCAUGUAGUAAGCAAAAAAGUGUAAAACAAAUCAAAAUAUAUUUUAGAUUUUAGAUUCUUCAAAGUAGCCACCCUUUGCCUUGAUGAUAGCUUUGCACACUCUUGCCAUUCUCUCAACCAGAUUCACCUGGUGAAUGCUUUUCCAACAGUCUUGAAGGAGUUCCCACAUAUGCUGAGCACUUGUUUGCUGCUUUCCCUUCACUCUGCGAUCCGACUCAUCCCAAACCAUCUCAAUUGGUUGAGGUCGGGGGAUUGUGGAGGCCAGGUCAUCUGAUGCAGCACUCCAUCACUCUCCUUUCCUUUUUGGUCAAAUAGCCCUUACACAGCCUGGAGGUUGUUGGGUCAUUGUCCUGUUGAAAAACAAAUGAUAGUCCCACCAAGCCCAAACCAGAUGGGAUGGCGUAUCGCUGCAGAAUGAUGUGGUAGCCAUGCUGAUUAAUUAAUUAAUUAAAUCACAGACAGUGUCACCAGCAAAGCACCCCCACACCAUAACACCUCCUCCUCCAUGCUUUACGUUGGGAACUACAGAUGCGGAGAUCAUCAGUUCACCCACACCACGUCUCACAAAGAAACGGCGGUUGGAACCAAAAAUCUCCAAUUUGGACUACAGACCAAAGGACACAUUUCCACCGGUCUAAUGUCCAUUGCUCAUGUUUCUUGGCCCAAGCAGGUCUCUUCUUCUUAUUGGUGUCCUUUAGUAGUGGUUUCUUUGCAGCAAUUCGACCACGAAGGCCUGAUUCACACAGUCCCCUCUGAACAGUUGAUGUUGAGAUGUGUCUGUGACUUGAACUCUGUGAAGCAUUUAUUUGGGCUGCAAUUUCUGAGGCUGGUAACUCUAAUGAACUUAUCCUCUGCAGCAGAGGUAACUCUGGGUCUUCCAUUCCUGUGGCGGUCCUCAUGAGAGCCAGUUUCAUCAUAGCGCUUGAUGGUUUUUGCGACUGCACUUGAAGAAACUUUCAAAGUUCUUGAAAUGUUCUGUAUUGACUGACCUUCAUGUCUUAAAAUAAUGAUGGACUGUCGUUUCUCUUUGCUUAUUUGAGCUGUUCUUGCCAUAAUAUGGACUUGGUCUUUUACCAAAUAGGGCUAUCAUUUGUAUACCCCCCCUACCUUGUCACAACACAACUGAUUGGCUCAAACGCAUUAAGACGGAAAGAAAUUCCACAAAUUAACUUUUAAGAAGGCACACCUGUUAAUUUAGAUGCAUUCCAGGUGACUACCUCAUGAAGCUGGUUGAGAGAAUGCCAAGAGUGUGCAAAGCUAUCAUCAUGGCAAAGGGUGGCUAUUUUGGUUACUACAUGAUUCCAUAUGUGUUAUUUCAUAGUUUUGAUGUCUUCACUAUUAUUCUACAUUGUAAAAAAUAGUAAAAAUAAAGAAAAACCCUUGAAUGAAAGGUGUGUCCAAACUUUUGACUGGUAGUGUACGUUCCGUUCUCAGCAUCAACAAAACUCUCUAUCCUCUAUCUUGUUUAGAGUGUUCAGGUGUGUUGGCCGUGGCCACUAAUUGGCCACACCUGAUCUUAAUGAGUGCUUGUUUCCUUUGACAUGGGAUCUGUUUGAAUAGACUGAAAUGAACCAUUUUGUAUGCGCAAAAAAACAUGGCAUGCUAGCUUCAUCCUGGUGUCGCAGUGGACUAAUUCCAUGAAUAGAGAACAGAAGAUUAUAGGUUUGAAUCCUACUGAUGCUGUGUCACAAUAAAAAAUAAUGAUUAAUGCCUAAGGAAAUUAAUUUCCAUAUGUCCUAUCAAAAUAAGCUAGCAGCGUUAUUAUAAGUCUUAUUGAAACAUUCUGUGAAAGUUUUAAGGAAGUUAUUAAAAAACCUCCAAAUAACCUAUAAUUUCCGUCCUCAGAGCGUUAGUAAAACAUUCUCAGAACCUAAAACUAAAUGUUCCCACAACAAGCAAAAUGUUCACUUCUGUUCUUAGAACGUUAAAAAAACUGUUCAGUUUUACCGGUCAGGAAGUGUAUGGCUUAAUUCCCACAACCUGUGAAACCAAAAACAUACGUUCCCACAACUUCCAAAGUACCAAAUGCGCUAGCUGGGAACCAAUCAGAACAGAAACAGGAACAGCUCUGAAUCUGAUUAGAUGUAUUCUCUUACCUCACUCAUGUGGUUUGGAUUCCCACUAUGUCUUAUCACAUCAAUCACCAUAUCCCAUUCUCACAUGCAGUAUUUCUGUAUGUACAGUAUGUGACAAUCCUUAGCUUCCAUAGUGGCAUUGACUAGAUGAAUAGCAUUCUGGGAACUGUUGGAGCUCUUCUGAUGUGGCUUUUCACCAUUGAUGUUUCAUCAUGUCAAAUUUUAAAUAGUGGCCUUUGCAAUCCUAUUCUGGGAAAUGCUCUAUAUGUUAUGUGAAGGGAGGUAUGGAUUGCAUUGCUCAGCAGUUUGGUGCCAAGGCUAAAUACAUCUGGGCCAGUGAGGACAUACAUGUAGUCAUAGACCAUAAGCACUGGGACAGAAUGUAUCCGCCCCCCACCUCAUUCCACUCCUCUAACACAGUUAUGUUCAAUUCAGGUUUGCUGAUACAUCGUUUUUACACUUCACUCUCACCUCCUGAGUACACUCCUUGUUUGAGUCAGUUUAGCAUAUUAAAAUGCAUGACCCUGAACUAUAUGACAUUUGAAUAAGUAAUAAUGAUUGCCCCUUGGUAAGACAUGAUACACCCUGAAAUACAGUCAUUUCACUGGUAAAGAUGAGAUGGUUUAGUAACUUCUUCCCCUUUUUGUUCCCUCAUUUGUUUUCUGUUAGCAGGUGACAGUUGGAGGCAAGAGCAAAUCUGUCACAAAUGGUAAGUGAGUUUUCUCACCAUGAUGUGAAUGUGUGCGUGUGUGCUUUUCUGAACCUGUUGUGAGUGACAUCGUCACAGAACAAAAGAAGGUGAGGCUAAGGAAAGGUUUUCCCUUCUGAAGGACACACCCACACAUACCUUGAAUUGAUGUCCAACCCUCUAUGGAGCCAAGUGUCCAUAACUCCUACAUCUGUCCUCCAGUCUGUGCCCGAGUUCGCUGGCCACCGUAAAUCAAAUCCUUUGGACGGACAUAUUGUGCAUGUUCCAUCACCUCAUUGCAUUAUUGUUCUAUAUUUAAAGGGCCUGUUCCCACUGACAUUGUUUCCCUGUGCAAGGAACCUGUCAUGCUCCUCAGAUGGCUGUCACUGUCUUGCGUCCCAAAUGGCAUCCUAUUCCUUAUAUAGUGCACUACUUUUAACCAGAGCCCUAUAGGCCCUGAUCAAAAGUAGUGUACUACAUAGGUAAUAGGGUACCAUUUGGGAUGCCUCCACUGUCCUGCGUAGUUCACCCCACGCCACCUGGACCUGACGAAUACUGUGCAGACUGUCGGCAUGAUGCCACGCAUGCCACAGUGCAGCUGCUUGUAUUGUCACAUUACUGUUGCAUUAUGCCCGUAGGGCUGUGGAGGAUUACCAGCCGUUUAAGCGGCAAAGUAGCCUCACUCACCAGGCUUUUACACUCAACAUUUAUGUUGUAAAGGCUUCUACUCUUACAGGGUCAAUUGUAGUUGCUUACUGUAUAAUCUCAGGGGGUGUUGAGUGAGACUAGCAACAGUAGAUACUGACAGGUCAAAGAGAUAUGAUUCCUAUGGGUAUCAAGUUGUUAUGUUGAUUAUGCAGUACGCGUUUCUGCCCAAGUAUCUUUCUCACUACAGUGCUACUUUUUAUAGUUCCCCUAUUACAGUAUAUACUGUAUCAUUAGUAGCACCCUCAGCCCGGUCUAACCCAAACUAGGGAUAUCCCUCUCAGGACCUCAAACACCCACUGUCUGAGUCAGACCCUGGGGGAAAGGAAAAGCUGUCACACUCUCUUGGGUGUCACCCUAUCUAGGUCCCCCACCCUUGCAACCUUCCCAGUUCUUCAGCUGAAAUAGCCCCCUGGGAAUGAAUUGAAGGGCAAAUGACAUUGUUAGAGCUAUCAAUCACUCAAACUAGUGUCACUGCAGGGACCUCAGAAUAUGUGUCAACAGAGGUAGCACUUACUGGGUCUGAUAUACACAGCUGCACACACACACACACACACACACACACAAACACACACACAAACACACACACAUACACUAACACACGUGUGCGCACAUAUGCACGCUUGUACGCAAACACACACACACUUCACUGUACUUGAACUUGAACACACGCACGCACACGUUUGUACGUGCAUGCGCACACACACACAAACAUUUUGAUGAACAGCUCUAACAUUAGAUUACUCGUUAAUCAAUCAGUGUCUCUAUUAACACCUAAUAAAGUUUGAUAAGCUAUGGCAUAUUCUGAAGGAGUGGAUACACAUUUCUCUCUGGGAGUUAGAAUUGAGUAAGUGAGACUCACUUAGAAGUAGAAUUAUACUUUACUACAUUAUUUUAAAGUGAUUCUAACAUUUUUAAGAGUUUGGCUGUACUCGUUGUUCUCUGUUUCCUUGCAUAGUUUUGCCACUUUUUGCGACUUUUUGUUUGUGACAUUUUGCGACUUGUGACUUUUCCUCAGGACUAAUUAUCUUUUCCCCCUUAUCUCUCUCAGCAGGUGUGGGACGCUAAUGAUCCAAAGUAAAAACCCUGAGGAAGAAGCCCAAACGGAUGAAAUAAAAUACUCUACUAUUCAUAACCAAAAAUAUCUCCAUAACAGCCUUGCAGGGGUUGGAACCGAAAUUAUUUUCCAAUAUUUUAGUUCUGAACAGAACCAUUAUUUUUUUUGUUCCGUUCCACUGUUCCGACCAGCAAAAUAAAGUUCUGAACCGGUUCCCCCAAAAGUAAUGGUUUAUCGUGUUCCUUUCUGUUCCUUUUUAAACCUCUGAAAUCAAUUUUUAUACAUUACUUCACCAAUCAGUGCAGAUAGAACAGCUUGCUAUAGAGCGGGCAAGCUAUAGUUGUUUACAUGCAUUGGACAGACAAGUGUAGGGCGAGAUGCGACUGAAAUGUUGCGGGUGGGGAGAGAGCGAGAGAGGGAGAGGAGGAGGCUUGGCUUGAAGGGCAUCUUGUUAUGACAUGCAUUAUCUGAAUUAGACCCACAGAAUUAUACCUACGGAGGAGGGGCUUCUAUGAAGGAACUUUGAAUGUCUUUGAACUUCAGAGAGUUGGCUUAACGUUGGACCAGAGCUAGUUAGCUAGCUAACAAGCUUGUGUGUGCACGGCACCAGUAUUAAAAUGAAAACACGUCUUAACUUUUUGUUUUUAAUAAAUCCAAUGUGAAUCGUGAUAACUAUAGUAUCCUUAACUAGCAAUGAAAAAGUUAAUCCAUUCUUCUCUAGUAAAAAAUCGCUCUCCCUAAUUUCUGAAUCACGCUUGUAACAUCAGUAGGCUACAGUAGCCUAUGCUUCAGAGGGGGAGGGGCAGGUAGCCUACACACACAAACACUGGCAAAGAUUUUCAGCUGGCAGGCAGACACUGGAAUAAGUUUCUGAGUGACAGAUUGUGGGCUUUGCAUAGGUGCUUUGUUGUGUUUUUUUGUGGGACUGGAAAAAAUUCCCCAGAACGUAAAAAUAACGUUAUUAACCAGUUCCCAUGCUUUUAAAAUAAUGGUUCUGUUCCAGAACAGUAUACUGUAGAUCACUUUAAUUCCCGGUUCUGAUUCUGUUCAUCGAAAAAUGUCAUUAUUUUCCGUUUUUUGGUUCUGUUCCCUGAACCGGUUCCAACCCCUCCAGCCUUUGCACAAUCCCUUGUACGUCCUCAUAGAAUUUAUGCUGUGAAAAUGAAAUUUAAUCAACCACGUUUUUGUAGGAAAUAAUUUAUAUUAGUGUAAUGAAAAAUAUUGUAUCCCCACCCUUUUGGGCUCAACUUAAUUUAUUUGAUAAACAAAAGAAAUUCAAAGAAUAGAUAAGAAACCUUAAAAAAUAUUUUCAAAGUUGUUUAAAAGUUAUCCAAAACAUAAUGCGUCUUCUGAAGAGAUACAGUAAGAAUUGAAUAAGGUAUCUGUCCAAAUAGCCAUACUGAACUGAAUUUUGUUGUAUUUUUAUUUCUUCUAAUUUUUCAAGAAAAGCUUCCAGUUGGAUAAGGUUGACAUUAGCUGGCAGUCUGAUCAUAUACACGUACUACCUAUAUGUCAGGAUAGAUAGAUAGAUAGAUGUUGUCACACUCAUCGCUUCAAUAUCUUUGCUCACAGUGUAAUGGUGAUGUGAUGGUGUCAUCGUAGUGCAUAUUCACAUUAUUCAGUCAUACAGUAUGUAUGGGGUAUUGUAGUUUUUUGUUAUGAAUUAGCAGUAUACACUAUCACAGCUUUUUUGAGAUGUGUUCACAUUUUGUAUUCCAUUUGUGGAAAUUUUCAAAAUGAGUAUUAUUGCAUCACAGCUGUUUUUUCCUCCCAAAUAUACUUUUCGUUGACUGAUGCUUUGGUGUUGUUUUUCUCCCGCUUAGCUGGAUCUGGGCUGAUGAGCCUCUACAUACUUGACAUAUUUAAUGUUUACGGAUGUCCAUAUUCGGACUGCCACAUAGUCAUAAGGAGGCUGUCCUAAUAUGGACACCGUAUACAUGUAUAUUGAAAGGCUCUGCUCUCCAGGUGACAUAAACCAUGAACUACAACUUACUUACCAAUAAGCACUGGUUGCUAAACUAACCCCCUCAAAAUCAUUGGAGAAAUAAUGCCCAGGACCGUAGCAAGAUUAUCAGAGGCUUAAUCACUCCUUGGUUGGGCUUAAAGGUCUCAAUGUAUAAUAAGGCUAUUGGAAUUAAGGACUAUCCAGGAAAGGUGUGACUAAAGUGAACAAUCAUCCAAAGAGACAGGAGUCAUAUCAUAUUGUUCCAUGAAGAUUUUCACAACUAAACCAAAGGGACUAGGCUUUAGACCAAAGUUUUAAACAAUGAGGAGGCAUAGAUGCAGUAUAGAGUUCAAUGGAAC